AUGUCUUUCGAGAGCCAACCUCAAGAGGGGGUUCCCUCUGGUUCGCGCAGGCCGCCGUUCUUUUUCCGCGAGGAGUACUCUUCUUUGAUUGUUCGAGGUAACUUUAUGACUUUGGCUGCAAAGCCCAACCUUGUUGAGGAAGGUGAAUGGCUAGCACACCAGGUCGUUGAGCAGUAUCGCUUGUUGGAACAGAUGAUCAACAUCAUAAAGGUUCCGGACGAGAGGACUGGGAAGCCAUGCUGCAACCCAGAAGUGUGCCCGACCAUGUCGGCAAGCGGCCACACCUACACAUGGCUCGACAACAACAAGAAGCCCAUCAAGAUCCCCGCCAUCCAAUACAUCAACCUCGUCCAGAAAUGGAUCUCAGGCAAAAUAACCGACCCCUCCAUCUUUCCCACAGACACCACCUCCGCCCGCUUCACAGACUCCGCUUCAAGCUACGCUUCCGGCUCUAUGACCCCAUCAUCCAAUCCCCAGCCCCUCGGUCCAACUAGCAUCAACGCUCCCCUCUCGCAGCUAUCCGGUCGCGAAUGGCUUGGCAAGAGCUCAGGCUUCCCUGAAACCUUUGAGUCUGACAUCAAAAGCAUCUACCGUCAGAUGAUGCGCUGCUACGCGCACAUCUACCACGGCCACUGGCUUGACCCUUUCUGGCACGCGGGUGCUUACAAGGAGCUUAACACGUGCUUCGUCCACUUUAUCAACGUGGGUAAGCUGUUCAACCUCAUCACCGAUAAGGAGAUCGAGCCUAUGCAGCCGCUCGUUGACGUUUGGCUGGUGAAGGGUUUGCUGCCUCCGCCACCUCAGGCCGCGCAGGCUUCAAAGGAGGGUGCGCCUUCAGCUGGUCUGCCGCCAGGCGUAGCAGCGUAA